AGAUCUUUUCUUUUAUCACUAGACUCAAAAAGAGUGUAGUAGCUUCGUCGUCUGCUUCUUGUGAUAUUUUUUUUCUACACUCUCUCAAAAGAUGAAUUGCCUUCAGAAUCUUCCCAGAUGUUCUGUCUCACCUCUGCUGGGAUUUGGGUGCAAUCAAAGAGAUCUUUCUCCGUCUUCUUUGAAGAUGAUGGUACCAUUUCCGACCAAAGCCAAUGAUCCUAAAUUUCGACUCUUUCUACAGGCGGUAUCAGAAUCAAAAUCGAGCUCAGAGAUGAGUGGUGUUUCAAAUGAGGAAGAAGAGAAAUCUGAUGAAUAUAGCCAAGACAUGACUCAAGCUAUGGGUGCUGUUCUAACUUACAGGCAUGAGCUUGGAAUGAACUACAACUUCAUUCGUCCGGAUUUAAUUGUUGGAUCGUGCUUACAGACCCCUGAAGAUGUUGACAAGCUUCGUAAAAUUGGGGUCAAAACGAUAUUUUGCUUGCAACAAGAUCCAGACUUGGAAUAUUUUGGGGUAGACAUAAGCAGCAUCCAAGCAUAUGCUAAGAAAUAUAGUGAUAUUGAGCAUAUUCGCUGUGAAAUCAGAGACUUUGAUGCAUUUGAUUUGAGAAUGCGUCUUCCUGCCGUGGUUAGUAUACUGUACAAAGCCGUUAAGCGAAAUGGAGGAGUUACAUAUGUGCACUGCACCGCUGGAAUGGGUAGGGCUCCUGCUGUUGCGUUGACAUACAUGUUUUGGGUGCAAGGCUAUAAACUUAUGGAAGCUCAUAAAUUACUCAUGAGCAAAAGGUCGUGCUUUCCGAAGCUGGAUGCUAUCAGAAAUGCAACAAUUGAUAUUCUCACAGGACUCAAGAGGAAGACUGUUACUCUGACACUGAAAGAUAAGGGGUUCUCCUUGGUAGAAAUUUCUGGCCUUGACAUUGGAUGGGGACAGAGGCUACCUCUAACACUGGACAAAGGAACAGGAUUCUGGACCCUAAAGAGAGAACUGCCUGAAGGACAGUUUGAAUAUAAAUACAUUAUAGAUGGUGAAUGGACGCACAAUGAGGCUGAACCGUUUAUAGGACCUAACAAAGACGGCCAUACCAACAAUUACGCAAAAGUAGUGGAUGAUCCAACGAGUGUGGAUGGUGCAACUCGGGAGAGACUAUCGUGCGAAGACCCUGAGCUGUUUGAGGAAGAACGGUCAAAACUAAUCCAGUUCUUGGAGACUUGUUCUGAGGCUUGAGAGUUAAAGAGCAUCCGACUAGACUAUGUGAAUGUUACAACUUACUAAGUAACACAAUAAAAUGCUUCGUGUAACAUACAGUGAUGUUUUUAGCAGCAAAAAGAACAUGAAGUUAGUUGUACUAUGUUCAAGUAUAAUAUAUGCAUAGAGUUUAUCACCA